GGGCGCCCCGAUGCUGCUCCAGCUACGGAGUCUGUAUUGACGGAUCUGUCGUAUCAAAGUGGGAGAUAGAGCCGUUGGCGAUUGUUUCCGGCAGCUGCUGCUUUUAACUGGCAUUACUGAAGCAAUGCAGUCCCAGGGCAGCACUUCCUCUCAGCCCUCCUUUGAUUCCCUGAGCUCCAGUGACAGCUUCUUGUUCAGCGACUCGGAGCAGGCGGAGGACGAAACAGACGUCUUCCUGACGGACAGUUCUUCUUCUGUCAUCAUCGGUGGUGUGGGCGGGGCUGCGGCCAGUGGAGACAGAGGAUCGGAGAGUCCCGGGUCCCAGUGGACAUGCGACGGCUUCACCGAUAAAGAGGAAGAGGAGGAGUCGUACAAGUUGGAGGGCGGCGGCAAGGCGACUCACAUCAGCUUGGAUGAGACGGAUCCUACAAGCCAGAACCCAAAAUCACAGGGAGACCUGCUGUUCGCUCAAAAGUGUGCUGAGCUACAGGGUUUUGUCAGGCCUCUGCUGGAGCUGCUGAAUGGACUGAAGAGGGGCCGAUUCGACCGUGGUUUGAGUAGUUUCCAACAGAGUGUUGCCAUGGAUCGAAUCCAGAGGAUCGUGGGGGUUUUACAGAGACCUAACAGCGGGGAGAAGUACCUGAACACUCUGCUCCAGGUGGAGAUGAUGCUGAAACUUUGGUUUCCUAACAUCCCGGCUCAGCCUGUCUCUGCAGCCUCCAGCGUUGCCGCAUCUCCCGCUCGCUCCCUCCAAGACACUUCCAGCUCCACUCCGCCGCACAAGCACAGGGAUCAGUUACAUAUUCCCGUCAAGAAGCGCAGACUCAGCUGGACAGGCACAGACUCCCCCACACCUUCCCCUGUGCCUCUCAAGUGCCCUCACAUCUGUACAGAAGAGAAGAGGGUGAAGCAUGAUCGUGACGAAAGGGGCUGCCCGCCUCCCCCAUCACUGGCAUCUAAUGCAAACCAAAAUUUACCAGAUGGGGCCAGUAACAGCCAGCUAAAUGAGGACACAAAGGGAAAGGACAGUGACAGUGAGGAACAAGGCAAGCUAUCACAAUACAAAGCAGGUCAAAGCUCUGAACCAAGCCUGACGUGGGUUCACGUUGCCCCCAUCCUGUCCCCUCGAAAGGCUUGCCCAUUGCAUGAGGGCACCUCGGCGGCAGAUAACAAUGAAAAUCAGCCCGUCGCUGCCAUCCUCCCACCCGGCAGGCUGGGCAGUCCAGCUACACAAGACAGCUCCAUCUCUUCUACCACACCCUUAAAGCAGCACCCCAAAAAUAUGAAGAAGUCAAUCCGGUGCCAAAGCCAGCCUGUUGCUGGACAGCAGAAUGAAAGUGAGACCAUCGAGACCUGUCAGGGUCAAAAUCAAUCUCCUCAUGUCACUCUCAAGCCUUUGCCUAGGGUGUGCCCCACCCCCUUAGAGACCUGACGCACUGAACAAGCAAAGAGCCGGCAGCCUUGCUUUGUUACACCACCGGGCUAAGAGCUGCUGUGAGAGAAAGAAGGGAAGAGGCUAAAGGCCUGUGAUCAUAGAUGCAUCAAAGAGAGGAAGUGGAGGAAGGAACUGUAGGUGAUGAAG